AUGAUUCCGAGAGCCCCUCCUGUAACCCUACAGCCAGUAUGUACGCCUGCACAGUCCCACGACUUGAGCCGCAAAAAGGAUAUAGGGGCUCUCUUCGUCCUCCUCUUGGUGGGAACAGUCUCAUGCGGGUUCUCCUCCUUUCUUACCACCUGGUUUCCCAAACUGCGCAUCCGACCUUGGUAUCUCUUCACCGUUACUCACUGGGGCACUGGGGUCCUUUUAUCCAUGGCAUUCGUGCAUCUUAUUCCAGAAAGCUUCCAGGCGCUCCAGAGUCCGUGUAUGUCGGAGUUCUGGAGGAGUGAUUUCCCCCCUAUGCCGGGGGCGAUCGUGUUUGGUGGAUUCCUCUUUGUGACGAUCCUCGAGAUGGUCUUUCACCCAGUUCGACAUGCUUUGGAGGCAACGCCCGAGCAACAAUCAUGUUAUACUCUUCCUGAAGGGGACACGCAUUGUCCUCGAGUAUAUGGUGUGGCAUCCGCCCCGGACAUUCAAAUCCAACAGGAUAGACGGGCUGAACGCGGCGAGGCACGACUGGAUGACGCGAUUACGUUUACCCCGGAACAGAGACACCGAAAGGAACUAAUGCUGGUUUGGAUGUUAGAAUUGGGACUCGUAGGGCACAGUGUGCUUGUUGGCCUCUCCCUCAGCACGACCGAGGGCGGGAAAUUCAUCACCUCGUUUGUCACCGGGAUUCUUCACCAAAUCUUCCAAGGCAUGGCGUUGGGAUCCCGCAUUGCCCUUCUGCCGUGGCCUGAAAAGGCCCUUCAACCGUGGGCAAUGGCGUUGAUCUUUGGAGUAACGGUUCCUAUCGGCCAAGGGAUCGGCAUAUCGGUGCAUGGAAUCUACGACGAACAGUCAGAAAUCGCAUCCACAUUUAUUGGGGUGACAAACGGGUUUUCCGCUGGUAUUCUCAUUUUCACUGCGCUGGUCGAGUUGGUAUCAGAAGAUUUUAUCAGCCGAAAGAGCUGGAGGCUUCUUCGAGGUCGGCACAGAGUCUAUGCUUGUUGUUUGUUAUUUUUCGGGGGCAUUUGCCAAAGUAUUCUUGGAGCCUUCAUCUGA